GACCUUGACGCACCUUCCUAUUCGUUUGUCUCCGCCCCCCGCCGCUGCUGUCAAAUCUUUGAGACAGGCAGCGGCGUGGGGUGUCUGGGGCGCUCGUCUGAAGCUGAAUUCGUUCAUCCUUCAGAUUGAAAAUUGAUAAAAAUAGAAAUAAUUAAGUAUACUAUUCAGUGGUACAUUUUACCAGUGCCCGAGAAGAUUUACGUGCCAGUUUUGAAGAAAUUGAGCGUGCUGUGACACAGACAGGUGUGACUGAAUUUGGUGAAGCAACGUUUUAAUUAUCAUUCGUACAGUGCAUGUGCUGAUUACAUCAACUACCUAAUUUCCUAAUGGCUGGAAAAUUCAAUAAGAGAUUUUACCGGUCUGAUAGUUUACACGAUCUUUUCUUAGACAAGGGCAAAGAAGCUUCGGAAACCAAUCAAUGGCUGUUUGAGGUCAGUCAUGAGGCAGCAAAUAAAGUCGGAGGAAUCUAUACCGUUAUCCGGUCCAAGUGCAAUGUGACAGUGGAGGAGUGGGGCGACCAGUACUGUCUGCUGGGGCCCUACAAGGAGCACCAGGCGCGCACCGAGAUCGAGCCCUUCGAGUACCCCGAGGGCAGCGUCUUCCACGCGGUCGUGUCAUCGCUCAGAGAACAGGGAUGGAAGGUGGUCACAGGCCGCUGGCUGGUAGACGGAAACCCGCAGAUCAUCCUCUUCGACGUCGGCUCGGCGUCAUGGAAGAUGAACGAGAUGAAGGACGAGCUGUGGAACCUGGCCGGCAUCGGCAUCCCCAACCCGGACGUCGAGUGCAACGACGCCGUCGUCUUCGGCUACAUGGUGGCAGAGUUCCUUCAGCAGUUCCGUAACCGACUGCCGGAGUUCACCGAUGGCCCUCCGCGCAUGGUGGCGCACUUCCACGAGUGGCUGGCCGGUGUCGGUCUCAUCCUGGCCCGGCUCAGGAAGAUUGACCUGGCUACCGUGUUCACGACACACGCCACGCUGCUGGGACGCUUCCUCUGCGCCGGAAAUACCGACUUCUACAACAACCUGCCCUAUUUCAACAUUGACGAGGAGGCUGGUAAGCGUCAGAUCUACCACCGGUACUGCAUGGAGCGGGCGUCCACCCACCUCUGUCACACGUUCACAACCGUCUCCGAGAUCACCGGACUGGAGGCCGAGCAUCUGCUCAAGAGGAAGCCAGACAUUGUGACUCCGAAUGGUCUGAACGUGAAGAAGUUCUCCGCGCUGCACGAAUUCCAGAACUUGCACGCCCUCAGCAAAGCCAAGAUCAACGACUUCGUCCGCGGCCACUUCUACGGUCACUUUGACUUCAAUCUUGACAAGACGCUGUACUUCUUCAUCGCUGGUCGUUAUGAGUUUGGAAACAAGGGAGCCGAUAUCUUCAUCGAGUCACUCUCUCGGCUCAACCACUACCUCAAGAGCUCAGGCUCGGACGUAACGGUCGUCGCGUUCAUGAUCUUCCCCACCAAGACCAACAACUUCAACGUGGAGAGCUUGCGCGGCCACGCCGUCACCAAGACGCUCAAAGACUCCAUCGAGGAUAUUCAGAAGAAGAUCGGCAGCCGAAUGUUCGAGAUCUGCAUGACCGGUCGUCUUCCCGAGAGCACAGAGCUGCUGACGCGAGAGGACAACGUCCGCCUGAAGCGGUGUAUCUACUCGAUGCAGCGCUCCUGUCUGCCUCCUAUCACCACACACAACGUGGUCAAUGACGGCGAGGACCCGGUGCUCCGCUCGCUACGGCGCUGCCACCUCUUCAACGACAAAUCCGACAGAGUCAAGGUGGUGUUCCACCCCGAGUUCCUGUCGCACACCAACCCUCUGCUCGGUAUGGACUACGAGGAGUUUGUGCGCGGCUGUCACAUGGGCGUGUUCCCGUCCUACUACGAGCCGUGGGGCUACACGCCGGCAGAGUGCACCGUCAUGGGCAUACCGUCCAUGACCACAAACCUCUCCGGGUUCGGCUGUUUCAUGUCGGAGCACAUAGCCGACCCGAUGUCGUACGGCAUCUACAUCGUGGACCGGCGCAGUAUCGGCCUGGAGGACUCGAUCCGCGAGCUGGCCAAGUACAUGUACGACUUCACGCGGCUGAACCGGCGCCAGCGGAUCAUCCAGCGCAACCGUACAGAGCGGCUCAGCGACCUGCUCGACUGGCGCAACCUGGGCAUCUACUACCGGCGCGCGCGUCAGCUGGCGCUGCACGCCGUCUACCCGGAGAUGGCCGUCUCGGAGGAGCACGGCGGCCGCAUGAGCUACCCGCGGCCCCUCAGCGAGCCGCCCAGUCCGACCACGUCGCGCUCCACCACGCCGGCGCCCUCCGAGAUCGGAUCAGAUGAUGAGGUCGACGAUGAGGAGGAGGCGAGCUGGGUUCGAAACGCGAACGGCAUGUACACGCUCCAGUACCGCUGAUCCUCACUGUCGCUCCUAGUCCUGUCCUACGCCCACGUAACCCAGCUGCUGGAGCUGGCUAUCAAAGACGACCAGUAAGACGUCCGAGCGGCCAGCCUCGGGCUAGUGUCGCCACUCCGCGACGGCUAAUGGAGUGUCUGUGAACGCCGGGCUCGGUGUUACGCGCGCGCAUGGGUGUGUGCGUGUCUGCGCUUAUCUGAGAGAGAACUGGAGAUCUGACACCCGAUGAUCUGUUUCGCCGAGGAGCGGAGGCGGUGCUGCGCGCGCGCGCGAUGAUUUAGUAGCAGGGCUCCGUUUUGUCACCGGUGUAUGAGAUGUGUCGCUAUUCUGGGUGGGGAUAUGACGUGUGAUUUGCAAUUAGCUCGCUGUGUGUGCUGUUCUGAUUCUGUUUUCUAACGGAUGCUAACGUGAGGAUAAGUCUUGCCGUACGAUAAACUUCAGUCAUCAUUUUUUUUUUGUCGAAUACUCAAGUCCAUGACAAUAUUGGAUUCCAGUCAGUUCUUGUGCAAUAAAUAGUGAAUUGAUGUAUUUUAUAAUUGCUGUUGUCAAAUUGAGCUAGGCUCACAUGGUACCUACAUCGUUCAACGAAAGGCUUCCCUUUACUGUGUAGCGAAUGCUUAUGCUCGCGUCUAACUACGAUGCCUCUGUGUUAAACUGGCACGAUAGUUUGCUGUGCUUUCAAUGUUUCGGGUGUCAGACACUAAUGCCACAAAGGCAGGCAGUCCUUUUUGGAAGGCGCUAACUAUUUUAGGCCACGUAUUUCCGAUAUUAAUCACUAAUGACAAUGUAUAAGUGCAAUUUCUGUUCUUAAAUUGAUGUUAUCCAUCUUGCCGAGGAUGCACUGAUGAAUUAUCGGCAGGGCUGCCCGGCCGCUGUUGGCUGCGCCAGUCAUGUACUACUCAGGAGGAGGUGGGAUCACUCCUCGUACUAACGCCGCCAGUUUGCGCACGCGCGUGGGACGCUCAGGUGUGCGCCGUCUGUCAGGGUGUGCGUUUACGAACGCACGUGUGUGUAUGUGUGUGUGUGCUCGCGUGUCUGCUGAGGCGAGGACUGCUCGGUGUUGGUCAGAGGCCGGCCGACGGUCCGUGACGAGGGCGCUCUCGUCGUCAGCUAGUCGUGCGACAACCAGCGACACAGUACUGCCGACCGGGGUGGCGCUCGGACGUCACGUCCUGCGUGACGUGGGACGUCACGUUAUGCGUCACACGCCGCCCCGCGAGCGGCGGCCGGUGGAGGUCGGACGCGCGCGCGCUAAUCAUGUUACGGGAACUAACUGCCAGCGGGCCUUCUGUGAGCUCUGUACAUACGAUUAACAUGUCGCCCGAGGGAGGAGCGUGUAUUAGCCGGUCUGAGGUGUGUGACUGUCUGGGUGAAUGGCUGUUAAAAUACAACAUCAUUGGUAGA